GAGCGGCGGCGGCGGGGGCAACGCGGGGUCCCGGCGGCCGCGCGCGCGCUCGGGGGCCAUGGCGUCAGUGCAGGCGUCCCGCCGCCAGUGGUGCUACCUGUGCGACCUGCCCAAGAUGCCAUGGGCCAUGGUGUGGGACUUCAGCGAGGCCGUGUGCCGCGGCUGCGUGAACUUCGAGGGCGCGGACCGCAUCGAGCUGCUCAUUGACGCCGCCCGCCAGCUCAAGCGCAGCCACGUGCUCCCCGAGGGGCGCUCGCCGGGGCCCCCGGCCCUCAAGCACCCGGCCACCAAGGACCUGGCUGCGGCCACCCCACGGGGGCCCCAGCUGCCGCCCCCGCAGGCCCAGCCCCAGCCUUCGGGGACCAGUGGUGGCGUCUCUGGUCAGGACCGCUAUGACAGGGCCACAUCCUCAGGCCGCCUCCCCCUUCCUUCACCCGCCCUGGAGUACACCCUGGGGUCCCGCCUGGCCAAUGGGCUGGGCCGCGAGGAGGCCGUGGCGGAGGGGGCGCGAAGGGCUUUGCUUGGCUCCAUGCCUGGCUUGAUGCCCCCUGGGCUGCUGGCAGCUGCGGUGUCUGGCCUGGGAAGCCGGGGCUUGACACUGGCACCCGGCUUGAGUCCUGCUCGUUCAAUCUUCGGCUCCGAUUUCGAGAAGGAGAAGCAGCAGAGGAAUGCUGACUGUCUCGCAGAACUGAACGAGGCCAUGAGGGGCCGGGCAGAGGAGUGGCACGGACGCCCCAAGGCCGUGCGGGAACAGCUACUGGCACUGUCCGCCUGUGCCCCCUUCAAUGUCCGCUUCAAGAAGGAUCACGGGCUGGUGGGGCGAGUGUUCGCUUUUGAUGCUACAGCCCGCCCUCCGGGCUACGAGUUCGAGCUGAAGCUUUUCACUGAAUACCCCUGUGGUUCCGGCAACGUUUAUGCCGGGGUCCUGGCAGUGGCUCGCCAGAUGUUCCACGAUGCUCUGCGGGAGCCGGGCAAGGCACUGGCCUCUUCUGGCUUCAAGUACCUCGAGUACGAACGCCGGCACGGCUCAGGCGAAUGGCGCCAGCUGGGUGAGCUGCUUACUGACGGGGUCCGCAGCUUCCGUGAGCCAGCUCCUGCAGAGGCACUGCCACAGCAGUACCCGGAGUCGGCCCCUGCAGCACUGUGUGGCCCACCCCCUCGGGCCCCAUCCCGAAACCUUGCGCCCACACCUCGCCGUCGCAAGGCAUCCCCUGAGCCAGAAGGUGAGGCGGCUGGGAAGAUGACGACUGAAGAGCAGCAGCAACGGCACUGGGUGGCACCUGGUGGCCCAUUCUCCACCGAGACCCCUGGCGUGCCCUCACCCAUUGCAGCCUUGAAGAAUGUAGCUGAGGCCCUGGGCCACUCACCCAAGGACCCUGGCGGGGGUGGUGGCCCAGUGCGUGCAGGCGGCGCUAGCCCUGCAGCUUCGUCCACGGCCCAGCCUUCAACCCAGCAUCGCUUAGUGGCUCGCAAUAGGGAUGCGGAAGUCAGCCCCACGGCGGGAGCCGAAGCAGUCAGCGGGGGCGGUAGUGGCACAGGGGCGACCCCUGGGGCCCCUCUGUGCUGUACCCUGUGCCGGGAGCGGCUGGAAGACACCCACUUUGUCCAGUGCCCCUCGGUGCCCGGACACAAGUUCUGCUUUCCCUGCUCACGGGAGUUCAUCAAGGCACAGGGCCCAGCCGGGGAGGUGUACUGCCCGAGUGGAGACAAAUGCCCACUGGUGGGCUCCUCUGUCCCCUGGGCCUUCAUGCAGGGUGAAAUCGCCACCAUCCUUGCUGGAGACAUCAAAGUUAAGAAAGAACGGGACCCCUAGGCCACCAGUGUCACCAGGCUACUGCCCUCAGCCCUCAUACCACCCACCGCCUCUGCGGAUAAAUUAUUCCCUCCCCCCCAACCUGGUGCCACUCCCGCCUGUGUAGAUACCCCAUUCCUCCGCCCAGAUGGUCCCCCGGGGUAGAUGCAUUGUGGGUGGGGGGAGAAAGCUUGUGGCUCUGUCUGAGGGGGUGUUUGGGGUCCCUUGGGCCCUCCAAUUUCUCUCUCCCCUCUUUGGCUUGGCUUUGCUGCUGCUUGUAGUUGGGAGAGAGGUAACCCCUCCUCCUUGAGAAGGGGCCUUCUGAAAUCUCGCUCUUUAUAAAUGAAGCAAAAGCAUUUUAUUGCCCCCCCUUCCCGCCCCAUUUUUCCUCCUUCAAUAAACUGAAAGAUGUUUUUUUUUUUU